ACUGUUUUCAUCUGAAAUAUGAUUUUUUCAUGACCAUAAUGCAUUCAGGCCAGUUGUACAAUACAGUAAUUAUAAUAAUUGUUCCUCCCUCUUUCUCACUUGAUUGAGCCUGGGAGGUUGGCUGCUACGCAGCUGGUGAUAGAACAUUAGAUAGAUUACUUUACCAAUCAACAUGAGAGAAAAAGACAAAAUUUUUGAAUGGCUCAUUGUGUACGUACCAAAGAAAACUAUUAUUGCAUUAAUAAAAUACCAACCCGAUGAGACAGCUAACAGAGAUAAAUUUCUUCUUUGGGAAAAAGAUCAAUCAUUUCUUUGCCCUCUACUUGUAUCAGGGCACACUGAAAACAGCAUGGGUGAGAAGCUGCCAGGGAUGCUGUUAUCCCUUCUGAUCAUCCUGAUGGCAUUUGGAUCAACAGAAGCUUCCUGCAGCGUUACAGGUUCUGACGCUAUCUGCUCUAGACAGGGCCUUACCAGUGUGCCUCAGAACCUACCAACAGGCAUCACAUACUUUUAUUUGCAGUGGAAUCAGAUCACAACAUUGAAUCAGUCUGAUUUCUCACAGUAUUGGAGUGUGAGAGUUCUGGAACUAGGGUACAAUAGUAUUGCCACGAUUAACAGCCACGCCUUCAAUAACUUGUCAGAUUUGAUCGUUUUGGGUCUAAGUUUUAACCGCCUAUCCACCCUCCGUGCUGACACGUUUACAGGGCUGGGAAACUUGGAACGCCUUUUGCUGGCCAAUAAUGAGAUCAAUGACAUUCAGGCAGGAACUUUCACUCCAACACCACAACUAAGAGCUUUGUACCUGGGCAAUAACUUAACAACCCUCAGAUCUGAUAUGUUCACAGGACUGGGAAAUCUAACAGUACUUUCCCUGUCCCAUAACGCGAUCAAUGACAUUCAGGCUGGAACUUUCAUUUCCACACCACAACUAGGAUCAUUGUACAUGAGUUAUAACAAGUUAACAACCCUCAGAUCUGACAUGUUUACAGGGCUAGGAAACUUACGUUACCUCCACCUGAAUAUUAAUGACAUCAGUGACAUUCAGGCUGGAACUUUCAGUCCAACAACACAACUGGGAACAACAUUGGACCUUAGCGAUAACAAGUUAACAAACCUGAGAUCUGGCAUGUUCACAGGGCUGGAAAACCUCAAGUACCUUACCCUGUCAUAUAAUGAGAUCAAUGACAUUCAGGCUGGAACUUUCAGUCCAACAUCAAAACUGAGGGCCAUGUUCUUGGACCAUAACAAGCUAUCAAACCUAAGAUCCGACACGUUCACAGGGCUGGGAGACUUGAAUGAGCUUUACCUUAACUUCAAUGAGAUCAAGAACAUUCAGGCAGGAACUUUCGAUUCAACUCCACAACUUGAAACCUUGAACCUAUAUUACAACAAGUUAACAAGCCUCAGGUCUGGCACGUUCACAGGGCUGGGAAAUCUGCAGGCACUUUUGCUGUCCCAUAACGAGAUAAACAACAUUCAGGCUGGAACUUUUGACUCAACCUCACCACUAAAAACCUUGGAAUUGAACGAAAAUAGGCUUACAGUCCUAAGUACAGAGAUUUUUGCAAUACUGUCGCCAAUCUUGAAUGUAGAAAUCGACAACAAUCCUUGGCAAUGUGACUGUAGGAUGCUACCUUUCAGGCAAGUGAUGAGUGAGUCGAUUCCUUGGCACUCUACUUCAUUUGAAAACCAAAUCAUGUGCGAAGGACCAAGCAACAUCCGUGGGGCAAACCUUAAAGAUAUCCGUCCUGAAGAUCUGAUCUGUGAAGAGCCAACAAUAGCAAUGUUUGGAAAGAGUGACAAUAACACAGUUGUAGAGGGGAAGACUUUACAUUUGGUCUGUGAGGCUUCGGGUAUCCCUGCACCAGACAUCACAGUCACCCUCCCAUCUGGACUGAAUGCAACUGUUGAGUCAGGUGGGACAGUGACUGUAGACCCAAAUGGUACCAUCACCAUAACCAAUGUUAAUGCAGCAGAUGCUGGUCUGUACAGCUGUAUUGCUGCAAAUUUUGUUGGCUCUACAUCUGUCACUCUGUCUGUUCAUGUCCAGUUAACCACUCCCAUAACUGGUACAGUGGCACCAGUAACUUCACCUUGUGCUAAACCAGAAAGCAGUGCCGGUCACGAUGAAUCUGCACCCACUUUGUCCAUAUCCGUUAUCAUUGGCUCUGUGUGCGGGGCAGUAGCAGGUACUGUCCUUGUUUGCUCCAUUAUUCUCACAAUCUGGCGCAAGAGGAAGACCCAGAAUCCUUCCUCUGACCCUGUCCCCACAGUCGUUUUCAGUAAAGCAUCAGCUAGUGUCACAAUCACUGGGCAUGACCAGACAGAGCAGGGUGGGGCUUAAGCAAGAAGUGAAUUCUUGAAGAACACCUGCUCACAACUUGUUCCGGGUAUCCUGACCCUUAACUUACCUUGACUUGACUUUAAGAUUAAAAUUGGAGGACUAAAUGCUGGAUAGUUUUUAACAAUGUGUAUUCAAACAUUUAGAACCUAAAACAUUUAAAGAAAGCACUACCUUGGAUUUGAAUGAUGCAUGUACAAAAGAAUGUAUUGAUAUAACAAAAUACAAAAUGUUUAAUGUUAGCCAAGACAAAUUGAAUGUCUUUCGUGGUGUUGAGUUUUACACAACAUUGAGUUCCGAAUUUGAGCUUUCAGGUAUUUCAGGACAAUGUUACAUUAUGUUACUCCAGCCAAAGAAAAUACUGGAGAAUGUAAAAAGUUUUAGAAGUUCAUAGACAUGUGUCCUCUGGGCAACUUGGAACUUCGGGGAAAAAAAGGAUGGGAAAAACGUGCCUUAAUGUAACAAAAGGUCUACUGUUAUGAUCACGAAGGUUGUGGAA